AACUUAGAGAAUUUAUACUACCACUGCAGCGUCCAAGUUGGAAUGCAAUGAGUGGGUUGCGUGAGCAUGCGUAUGAUAACAAUGCCGACAUGUGCAAGACACAAAUGCCGAUGGUUCUUGUCGUGUAAUACAAGAUCUAUGCAUCUAACUUAAUCUGCAUGCUUCAAUUAAUCUUUUAAUCCGACUGCAAGAUGACAUCCGCCACACCCCCUUCCUCCCGUAGCUCCUCCCCCCAGAAGGUGUGUCACUCCCAGACGCAAACGGACAUUCUGAAGCCCCUGUUGGGCGGCGGGAGCUCGGGCGGGGGCGGGACCCUGCGGAGGAGGAGGCGUGUGCUCUCCAAGGAUGGGCGAAGCAACGUGCGCAUCGAGCACAUCAGUGGGCGGAGCGCCCUGUACAUACGUGACCUCUGGACCACCUUCCUGGACAUGCAGUGGCGCUACAAGUUUUUCCUCUUCACCGCCACCUUCGCCGGGACCUGGUUCCUGUUUGGGAUGUUGUGGUACCUUGUGGCGUUGGUGCAUGGAGACCUAAUCGAGUUUGACCCACCGUCCAACCACACUCCCUGCGUGAUGCAGAUGCAGACCCUCACGGGAGCCUUCCUCUUCUCGCUGGAGACGCAGACCACCAUUGGCUACGGCUUCCGCUGCAUCACCGAGGAGUGUCCCGCCGCCAUCAUUCUCCUCAUCCUCCAGCUAGUUAUCACCAUGGUGAUGGAGAUCUUCAUCACUGGAACCUUCUUGGCAAAGGUGGCUCGGCCAAAGAAGAGAGGUGAGACCGUCAAGUUCAGCCAGCACGCCGUGGUGUCCAGUCACGAGGGACGACCCUGCCUCAUGAUCCGGGUAGCCAACAUGCGCAAGAGCCUCCUGUUGGGUUGCCAGGUGAGCGGGAAGCUGCUCCAGACGUCCCUGACCAAGGAGGGGGAGACGGUGCGUCUGGACCAGAGGAACGUGCCCUUCCAGGUGGACAUGUCCAGCGACAGCCCCUUCCUCAUCCUGCCCCUCACCUUCUACCACAUCAUCGACGACCUCAGCCCCCUGAGGGCCUGGGCUGCCAAGGGUGGUGGAUGGACAGAUCUGGACCUGGCUGACUUUGAGCUGCUGGUGAUCAUGAGUGCCACUGUGGAGCCCACCUCAGCCACCUGCCAGGUGCGCACCUCCUACCUCCCUGAUGAGAUCCUGUGGGGCUACGAGUUCCCCCCCGUGGUCUCCCUCUCCCCCUCUGGGAAGUACGUGGCCGACUUUGCCUUCUUCGACAAGGUGGCCAAGACCAAAACCACGCCCGUCUUCAAGUCGUCCUCGUCGGGCUCCCCGCAGCACGGUUACCAGGGCGGGGGAGGCGGGGGAGGCGGGGAGGGCGCGGACCCGGAGAAGAUCCGCCUGGAGCAGAGCUACCGGGAGAGGGGGGAGGAAGGGGGGGGAGGCAGGGGGAGGGUGAGAGACAGUAGCCCGCUCAGCGUGCGCAUCAGUAAUGUUUGAGGGGUGAGGGGCGGUGGGCGGGGGUCAUGUAAAGAUGUGUUAAUGCACACACAAAACAUCAGAGUUAGCAUGUAAUGUAUGUGUGUACAUAUAGUACAUGCACGCAUGAAGGGACUGCCCCCCCCCCCCCGACACACACACACA